GAGGCGGCAUCGCCGCGGCGGGGUCUGUUUGGCGCGGCGGCGGGGGGUGCCUGGGCGCGCGAGGAGGGGGAGGGGGGAGGGGGCCGGUUCCGUCGCAGACGCGUUUCCGCGUCGCGGCAGGGCGGGGGCACCGCUGUCGCAGAAAUUGGGGCCGUCGUUGUGCGUGCCGCGCGGGCGGCGCCGAAGAAGCGGAGGAGCCGCGGGGGCGAGCACGUGAUGGCCGCGGCGCGCUUUCGAGGCGCGAGGGCGCAUGUCGCGGAGUUUCAGCGGGUGCGCGGCGUCGAGGCGUGUGGGCGGAGGCCACUUCCCCCCCUUUCCCGUCAGUCCCCACGUUGCCAGGGACGCGGCUCACUCUGCUGGCGCUGGGGCUGCGGCCCGCAUAAGUGUUGUCCCGGGCAAUGUGGCCCCCUGUCCGCUGCAACGCAUCGAUGCUGCUUUGCUUCUUCUUCUUCUUUUGUUUGUGCCAAGAAGCGACAGGGGCAGGGCGACGCGCAGCAGCAAUGGGGCUUCCGAGGUGGGCAGUCAACACCCUCGUUGGGGUGA